UUUUUAUUUUUCAUCCUUCAAUCUGAAGAAUUCGAUUAAACCAAGAACAUAAACGGAAAAUUCAAAAUAUUUUCAGGCAGUUCAUAGACUGACAUGUGAUAAAUCUAUGGUCCAGUGUUAUUCGCGAUACCAACUUGAAUUUCACAACUCAAAAUGUUACUAAAUGGGCAACUACCAACAUAAUUUCGAAAUUCCACAGACUCCAAGACGUCAAUAAGUUUUUAAACUUACACCUACAUCGAAAUUCACGAAUUAUAUUCGCUUGAUAAAUCGGAAUUUUAAUUUCUCGAACGCCCUGUCAGGAUAACGCUAUUUGAAUAAGGAAAAACCCCCAAAACCCCAGAAUUCAACCGGUGAGCAUAAUUCAUAUCCGUUAACGAUCUCGAUCCCUCAAAAAAACCUGGGAGUCGAAAGAAACGUCGUUAUUCGAAAAAUCCCACGCACCGCUACUACCCCUCUGGAUCGGCAUCCCUUGGGAUGAUAUAAAAAACGGCGAAUCCGCGAGAUAGUCAUUCUUCGCAAAAGUAUCAACCGCGAAAGAUGUUCAGAAAUAUUUUCGUUUUUGCCGUUCUGAUUUCGGUUUACGCUCUGGUUGUGGACGCUUGUCUCAUCACCAACUGCCCCAGGGGCGGCAAGAGAAGCGGAAAGAUUGCAAGAAUGGAAGUUAGACCGUGUGUUAGCUGUGGACCAGGUAGAACAGGUCAAUGCUUCGGACCAGGCAUAUGUUGCGGGCCCUUUGGAUGCCUCAUAGGAACGCCGGAAAGUAUAGUUUGCCAAAGGGAAGGCUACUUCCACGAGAGCGAGCCUUGCAUAGCGGGAAAUUCAUCGUGCAGAAGAAACACAGGACGCUGCGCGGCAGAAGGAAUAUGUUGCAAUCAAGAUUCUUGCCACAUAGAUAGCGGUUGUGGAGGCGAAGAAAAAACUAGGAACCCUUCAGCAGAAAACCUUUUUCCACUGGACGCCUACAAUUUAUUAUCUUAUUAAUAGGGCAUUUCGAGAAAUGUUUGUGAGACGACCAAUCGAUGUAAAAUUGAACUGAAUAAAUUUUGAACUAUUUCUAUU